AUGUCUCGCCCUUCCUCCAGGAUGUUUCGCCCUUCCGUGCUUUCGCAUGUUAAGGAAGGAGCAUACGAUGAUACGACUUCUCAUCGAAGAGACGUUCGAGUGUGGAUGGUGACGAGAAAUCUCGAGAUCCGCCUGCCAACCCCCCUAAUCAAGGAGCUUAGAGACGCUGGAUACAUAUAUGCUCACAUCAUUAGAGCGCUGGAGAUGCUUGAGGAAGGUGCCGACUUUAUUGCGGCUACUGUCCCACUGAAUCCCGCCCGACUGUACUCUCAUGAACUCGUCAUGGAGUGGAGAGUCGAUAGGCAGUGGGUAUACGACUGCAUCUACUGCCCCUUUUGGGAGAAGUACGAGGACGUCAAGGAUGUGUGGGAUACGGAGCAACGACGAGGUACCCUCCCUCGCGCCACUAUUGAAUUCAACGAUUUCUUGAAGAGCAAGACCCCUCUUUGGGACAGUGUCGAGAAGCGUAUGAGGGAACUUCGGGAGCUUUGCCCACAGGAUCUUCUCAAAUGA